GAAAGUUCUCACCAAACGGUCUCAACCUGAGACCUUUUACAUCUUCAAGUCAGUUUUGGCUCCUGUCUUAGCUGGACCAAGAAGCAAACAGGUAACCUCAGUGAUUGAUCUUCGCACUCCUCUCGCUCUCGGCGAGGCCGAUCAUUGAGGAAAGAGAAAACCCAAGGAGGAGCUGCCUGAAUCAGUUGACAGUUCUUGUUUUUGGGACAAAAUAGUCAGUCUGACCGUUUCUCUUACAAAUCGAAAGCAGGGGCGAGGUGAUUAGAAGGUAGCGAUUUCGAACGAGCAAAGAAGUUAAGCAUCGCUUCCUUCCGUAGCCAAAGAUUGCAGGAAUGGAACCUGCCCAAGGAAAGUCGACCACGAGGGAUUACGAGGUGUUCUUGAGCUUCAGAGGGCCCGACACUCGCUUAACCAUCACCGACUCUCUCUUCGCGGCCAUGGUCCGGGCCGGGAUACGCGUCUUCAAAGACGACGAAGAGCUCCGCGUUGGGGAAGAGAUCGGAGGCGAGCUUCUGAGAGCAAUCUCCAAUUCGAAGAUCUACGUACCGAUCUUCUCUAAAGACUACGCUUCCAGUAAAUGGUGCCUCCGCGAGCUAGCGUACAUGGUGGAGUGUAGGAAGAGAGGCGAGAAAGCGAUCUUGCCCAUCUUCUACGAGGUGGAUGCAUCCGAUGUUAAGCUCAAAACUGGAUCGUACGCGAAGGCCCUACAAAAGCAUGAGCGAGAGUCCGGUGAAGAUGUGGCGAAGCGGUGGGAGGAGGCCCUGAGAGAGGUCGCCGGAAUCAAGGGAUGGAAUUUAAAAGAUCACGGCCAAGAUAAACUUACAGCACUUGUUGUGGAAGAAGUUUUCCGUAAGCUGAGACGGCCAACGCAGAGAGACUGGCGUGAUAACUUGGUGGGCGCUCAGGAUCAGAUGGAAGCUGUUAUGGAGCUGUUAAGCCAAGGCACUCCCGAUGUUCGAUUUGUGGUGAUUCACGGCAUGGGCGGUAUUGGAAAAACAACUCUUGCUAAGGCCAUUUUCAGGCGCAUCUCUUCUCAGUUUCAAUGUUCUAGCUUUCUUUCAGAUAUCCGUGCGGACAAUAUUGUGAGUCUGCAAAAGAAAUUAUUAUGUGACUUUUUCGAUAUAAGACGUCUUGAUACUAUGGAUGCUGACGAGGGGGUGGACCUGAUUAAAGGAGUACUCAGUGAUAAGAAAGUCAUCCUUGUUCUUGAUGAUAUGGACAAGAGGGACCAGCUCAUGAAACUGGCUGGAAAGUCUAGUUGGUUUGGGUCGGGAAGCAGAAUUAUCAUCACAACUAGGAACACCUAUUUCUUAGCUCCCGAAACCGACACCCUAGAUCACGGUAUCGUCCCACUUGGUCACGGAGAUUUCCAUUUUUAUGAAAUGAAGGAAAUGCAGUUUGGCCAUGCUCUUCAACUAUUCAGCAAGCACUCCUUCGAGAGAGACUCACCUCCACAUGAUUACACCACUAUUUCAAGUAAAAUUGUCAGAAUGACUGGAGGACUACCAUUGGCUCUUGAAGUCAUAGGUUCGUUACUCCAUUCGAAAAGCAUGGAAACAUGGAAAGACACAUUGAAGAAGUUGAAGAAAGUGCCCAAUCAAGAUGUCCAGCAAAAGUUGUUGAUAAGUUAUGAAGAAUUAGACUACGAUCAACAACAAAUUUUUCUGGAUAUUGCAUGUCACUGCAUUGGUGAAGAAAGAGUCCCUGCAUAUUACAUGUGGAAAGCUUGUGAGUUUUUUCCAAAAACUGGACUCAGUGUCCUCAUCCAUUUAUCUUUGAUAAAAGUCAUCAAAGAUGAUAGGCUACGGAUGCACGACCAGCUCAGAGAUCUUGGAAGAGAGAUUGUCCGGCGAGAAUGCUUUUCAUCUCCUGGAAAGCGUAGUAGGUUGUGGUGUCCGACGGUCGCCUUAGAUGUGGUUCGAAAUAACCUGGGAACAGACAACAUUGUAGCACUCAAACUCAUAGGACUUGCCGACGAGCAUAAUUUUACGAGUGGCGAAUUUUCAAGGCUGUCUAGUUUAAGGUUCCUUGAAUUGGAUGGGGGAAACUUUGUUGGAGACUUUAAAAACCUUCUCUCAAAUCUAAAAUGGCUCUCUUGGCGCCGUUGUCCUUCAAACCUACAAGCCACCGGUUUAUGUCUAAGGAAGUUGGCCGUUCUCAAGAUUUCAGAGAGCGAUAUUACUGAAGAUUGGAAUGGAUGGGGAUCGUGCAUGGUGAAUGAUAACCUGAAAGUUAUAUAUCUGACAAGCUGCUAUUAUAUAAAGAGGACACCCGACUUCUCCAAGUGCAUGAAUUUGAAAAAAUUGGUUCUCAAAGGUUGUACAAGAUUGGAAGAAAUCAAUAGCUCUAUCUGUCAGCUGGGCUGCCUCAAGCACUUGGAAAUCAGUAAGGAGGGUCGUGUGUCGUCGAAAUAUGUUAAGGCUUACAUGGAACCCUUUUUUACUGUUCCUCUGUUAUUAGACUCGAUUGGUGGUCUGAAAUCAUUGUCAGUGCUGAAGGCGGAAAACCUGCAUGGUGUUAUAGAACUUCCGCACUCAGUAGGAGAGCUACAGGGUUUAAAGCAUCUGUCUCUACGUGGUUGUACGGAGCUUGAAAAGCUUCCGAGUUCCAUUGGAGAGUUGAGAUCGCUCCUCUGUCUGGAUUUAUCUCACACUUUUAUUAGGGAAUUGCCAGAUUCCAUUGGAAGACUAGAAUCACUACUCAAAUUGGAUCUAUCUGGAACACUUGUUGCAGAAUUACCCAAUUCUAUUGGCAAUCUUAGACGGUUGGAGUCCAUGUGUUUGGAUGAGACGAAGAUAAGAAAGCUACCGAAGAGCAUAUGGGCUCUGGAGAAUCUUGAGGAGUUGAGCGCCAGAGGUUGUCGAAAUCUCGAGGGCAAAAUUCCAAGUGAAAUCUCGGGACUGUCCCGAUUGAAGAUUCUGAACUUGUCCAGGAGCAAGGUUAGUGAACUGCCAAUGGCAAUCAAUCAGCUUUCUAGUCUCCAAGAACUUAUUUUAAAGGAUUGUCGCGGGCUUGAGACGCUACCAGAUCUCCCAACAAGUUUAACAAAGCUAGAGUUGUCAUCUUCAUCGUUGCAGGCAGUACCCGACCUCUCGAACCUCACUAAUUUACAUCAUCUGGACAUAAGUGAUUGUGCUUUUGAUUAUAAGUUAGAUGAAAGAACGAAAGGAUGUAUUCCAAACCCGAACCUCGAGUGGCUUGGAAGGCUCCAUAAAUUGCAGACGUUGAGACUGGUUUUUUCCCAAUGCAACUUCCCUCCGACUGACUUGAGCUCCUUUUCCCAGCUCCGGUCACUUAAAAUAACUUGUCCCGAUCCACGGUCUCUGAUACGGCUUCCGUCCAGUUUAGAAGUCUUGAGCCUAGAAGAUGUGAACACCCCAAUAGAAUGGCCAAUGUUUCCCAACCUGGGAAAUUUGUCCGAAUUGAAGCUCACUGGAUGUCGGUUAAGAGAGAUUGAGUUUGGAAAUGUGCCUGGACAGCUAGGGAACCUCCAGCGACUGCAGGUGCGCAAGUGCGAGUCGCUCGUGAGGCUAUCGAAUCUAUCAAGCUUAAAGGAGCUCCGAGUGCUGAGCGUGGAGUACUGCCCGCAAUUAAUUGAGAUCGAAUCCCAACCAUCAUCUUCUUCAACUGGAGAUUGCAGUUCCACGGAAAGGCCCACUCCUGGUACGCUGAAGCUAGAGAAGCUCCACACUUUGAGAGUCUACUUUUGUUUUUGGGUGCGCAAGUUGCCCGAUAUACCAAAUUCAUGUCAUGUCGAGGUUUGCCCAGGGAAACAUGUAAGGAGGUCUGGAAGUGGGCCCGUCUUCUUAGAAGAUUAUUCCAGGGAAGUAUGA